AUGGCAUUCAUUCUUAACCUUGUGCUUCUUCUUUCAAGCAUUGGCGCUGUCCUGGCAGUAGACCUUUGUCCCAUCUACGGCCCUGUUUUCCCCCCGACUGAAGACCUCUUAGCCUCGUCGACAUGGCAAACUGCUUCCACGCAGAUUAAGGCCGCGUUGGAUGAUGCUUUCAGUUCAGGCAAUACUUCACAUGGUCCUGUGUCUCCCAAUAACACAUUCUCCAUCCAGAUCUUCUCUACGAAGGACACUUUGUUCGAGUACCAUCACGAAGGGUCGGAUCUCGCCACUUCCGGAGGCCAUGGAAGUGAAGUAGAUGGCGACUCAGUUUACCGCGUUGGUAGUGUUAGCAAGCUGUAUGCAGUGUACCUGCUCCUUGUCGUUGCAGGGGAUCGCGUGUUUUCCGACCCGAUGACCAAGUACAUACCUGAACUGAAAGGCAUCGCGUCUUGGGACGAGGUGAGUGUCGGAGCUUUAGCAGGGCAAAUUGGUGGGGUGGUCGCAGACUUAUUCGACGUCGACUCUAUCACGGGCGGCGGCCUCGGUGCUCAAUUCCCAGGAGUAUUCCCGGAGCUUACAGAGAACGAGACGUCGCUCUGCAUAGCGAACGUCACGCACUGCACGCGCUCCGAGUUCUUGACCACGCUGCUGAAGACGAGGUCUACUUAUCUGCCCAACACGACGCCAGGGUACAGUAACUCAGCGUUUGUGCUGAUCGGUUACAUCAUCGAAACCAUCACGAAUACAAGCUUCGCCUCUGCGCUCGAAACCCACCUUCUCCAACCCUUAGGGCUCCGCCGUACGUUCGCCUCAAUACCAGAGGACUCUAGUAUAGGCGCAAUCAUAAAGAACGCCACCGUCUCAGGCUGGGACAUCGACCUCUCCGAAGCCACAGCCGAAGGCGGCAUCUUCGCGUCUGCAUCCGACGUCUCCGCCCUCGGACGCUCCAUCCUCUCCUCAAAGCUCCUCUCCCCAAACACCACGCGCGCCUGGCUCAAACCCACUUCCUUCACCUCCAGCACCAUAGGCUUCGUCGGCCGUCCCUGGGAGAUCUACCGCUCUGUAAUCAACGAGAAGCAAAACCGCGUGGUAGAUAUCUACACAAAAGGCGGAAACAUAGGCGUAUACGCGUCCACCGUCGCGCUGAUUCCCGAUUUCGACGUCGGCUUCACCAUCCUGAUAGCUUCGGAAACAGGGGCCUAUCCCUACACGCUAUCAGGCGUGCUCACGGACGCGCUACUUCCAGCCGUUGAAGAAGCAGCGAGGUUGCAGACAGACAAGGCGUAUGCGGGAACGUAUCGCGCUGCAAGCAUCAAUUCUAGCGUUACCAUUUCGAGUGAGAAAGGUAAACCGGGCCUCACGCUUGACUCGUGGGUUAGCAAUGGGACGGAUGUGUUUGGUAUCUUUGGAUCGCCGGAGGACUUUAGGAUCUACCCUUCGAAUGUCGGGUAUCAACAGAGUCAGGGCAAUUACAGUGUUAUGGAUGGAGAGAGAGUUAGCUGGAAGGCGGUCAGCGGGGUAGAUCUCGGGUACGAGGAUCAUGGUGCGUUUUCGGCGUGUCCUACGUGGCUUCAGAUUGACAGGCCGUCAUGGGGACUUUACGGGAUUGAUGAUUGGGUUUUUGUGCUAGGGGAGGAUGGUCGGGUGAAGCAAGUAGAGAUUGCAGCGUUGAAGAUUGUGCUGGAGAGAGUGGAGGGUUAA